AGCUCAUCAUGAAGUGCGCCCCUCCUACAGCGUCGUGGGACAGCUUUCACGUUGCCAUAAAAGGCUCUUUUUCAACGUAUCAAGAUGCAAACAGUAAGCUGAAUGCUGCCCAGUACACCUCAGACAUCAACUCCGCUUCCGAUACAGGGUGUCAAAAGAGGACGCCUGUCCCACUGCGGCAUUUUGAUGAUUAUGCGGAAGUCCCAGCCUUAGGUUCACAGACUAGAAGAAAAAGAAAGCGGAUUGAGUCAUUUGACUCGGACACUGAUGUGGACGACGUAGACACUCUGCCAAGUCCGCCACCUUUCCCAACGCCAUUCCCUGAGAGAGGUAAUAAUAACUUUGCGAGUCACCAUACUUCACCCACCGGAAGUAUAGUCCAGAGCGGCAGCGUUAACAGUGACCUCAAUCACUGUGGCCAAGAUGAACCUGAGACUCAUGACAACAGUGGUCAAGCCUUCCAGGAUAUAAGAGUCGACCUCCUAGCAGGAGAGGGCAGCCUGCCGCAAUCACGGAAACAGAAGGUUGUGCCACACGAAGAGUUUCAACGGCAGGCUAUGAGGCUGCUGCAUAUGAUGCGCCUAACCCAGCUGCAACAUGGUGAAGUACUGGAGGAGCUGUGUUCUCGACACACUCGCAUUCUUGAGCAUUGUCCGUCCAUGAUUCAAGCACCUUUCACCACCACUGAAGACCUGGAGGCAUUUGACAGCACCCUGAACGAAAGCAAGACAGCUCAACUGAUAGACGAACUAUGUCGCCUUGGUGGUAAUGAUGUUGGCCACGCAACACGGAACAUCCUGUGCUACAUAUUGACAGACUCCUUGGCGGAACAGUACAGCUGGAUUGGCCAGAAAGGGAAACGAAAAUUCGCAGUGCUCAAAUUCCCCAGCAUCAUUUUCAGGGCUGUACGAGCAAACACAAAAACGACCACAGCAAACAAGGUGGAAGUGGAGACGCACAUCAAGGCAUGGUUGCGACAUGCUAAAGACCGAGAAAAAAAGCUGGCGAGUGUAACUGUAGAAUGAGCACAACGUUUACACAGGGAGCUUUUUUGUUUUAAACAGUUGUCUCAGUAAGUAUAGUUCUCAGCGCUACAUGCGUCUGCCACAGCUUCGCUACUAUGACCACUGAUGGCUAUUUAGAUAAAAUGUGUUAACUUUUUCAUUGGGGCUUUCAAAGAAAGGUGUAAUAACUGUAUGAUAACUGUAUUGGAGGCAGUUCAUUUGAAAUGCGAAAUUUGCAAAGAAAUGUGGAAUGUGAAGAAUAUUAAUGAGGCAAAUAUUAAAAUUGUGAUUAAAAGUGUACAAUAGUAAGAAGACUUGUAUAGAAUAAAAUGUCAGAAUGAAAUUGGGUGAAGGAUAAUUCAAAUUAUACCGUGUGUCUCACCUAGAUCCCCGGGCUAAAUAAUUCGCGAAUGGGUGCACCAAACCAAGAACUUUCGUUUUUAUUUUCUGUCCGAUACCACCCACAAGCUGCACUCUGUGUGAAUGAGUGGGAAGCGCUCAUUCUUUAAUUAAAAAUUCAAAGUUUCGUUUAAAAACGUAACUUCUAAAGCUGCACGCUAUGGGCACUAAAAUGGGUACUACCCCUAUUAGGACCUUCAGUGACCACCCUUUAGACAAAAAUCUGUUAACGAAGCGGAUCGUUUGUUGCAAUAGGUAAUUGAUUUCGGCUUACAUGUUUUUCGUCACAGCCAAGUUCAAAAGGGCGUAAUUCAUUGGUGUGUAAGGAUGUAAUUCAUUGGAAGAAGACCAUAGUGGGUUGUGUUUGGACACCUAAACAAAAAUAAAGUUAAGUUAAAUUCGUGUGUAAGUGAGUUUAAAAGCCCCCUUUUGCGCUUCAGUACGACCACCCACGACAAAAUUGUGUAAACUGAAACCAAUUAAUUACUGCAACAAAUGGCCGCUUCAUCUGGAGAUUUUCCUCUAAACGUUGUCCACUGAAGGUCCCAAAACCUGUAGUACCCAUUUUAAUAACGACAGCGCCCUGCCUUAGAAGUUGUUCUUUUUACGAAACUCAUUUGAAUAUUUCUUUAGAUAAUGAGCAAGCAAAACACUCAUUCACACGGUGCGCAGCUUGUUGGCGGUAUCAAACAAGUACUUGUAAAAAAGAAAGUUAUUCGAUUGGUGCACCCGUUUGCAAAUUAUUUAGCCCGAGGAUUUAACUGAAACACCCGGUAUACUCCAUUGGAGAUUUCCUGUAGACACGCUUGCUUCCAACUUGUGCUGCCAUGUUGGAAAAUCACAGGUCCUCAGUAGGGUGGUAAUUUCAUCUAAUUAGGGAUCUGGUAGUUACGACGUACCAUAAACAAUGCAACUUUCUCACUGUAUAGGAGUGCACACAAAGGAAAGACAGAGACAGUGUAUGAAAAUACUAAAACAGCCCCAGCAACAGCGACUGAUUGAAAAAGACCAGGUAACAUUUUAAAACACUGAACUAUUAACGUGGUGUUUCUGCCUGUGCUGCUUCUGCGCGCAUAUACCUCUGGUACUCAAGCUAUCCUCGACACCUUGAUAGCGUAUUUCGUUCUGCAAAAAGUCUGUUUCAGGCAAAAAAACUCCCUGUAUUUUUGGCACACAUCAUGUAUGCCGAGGUUUUAAGGAACUGCUAGGGCGGCUUCCCUGUUGUACUGUUAUUGCACACUUCAGUCCAAGGGGACUUUGAAAUACUGUCAUGGAUAUCGCGGUGUGCUAGUCUGAGCGAACU